AUGCUUGGCUUCAAGAACUUCGCUGUAGUAGGGGCAGGCCUCCUUGGUGGCCCCAUCACCGAAGAGCUCCUCAAGCUUAGGUCAAAUGGAGCGAUCGGCAAAGUCGUUCUCCUAACGCGCCCACAAUCCGCGUCGAAAUAUGAAUCAUUCGCCGCCCAAGGCGCAACCAUCGUGCCCGUUACCGAUUACCAUUCGACGCCCGAGGUAUCAAAAGCGCUCGCGGGCAUCGACGUCGUCAUUUCCACUGUUGGUCACGCAGCACUCUUCGAUGUGCAGGUGCCAAUUGCGAAGGCGGCCAAGGAGGCCGGCGUUCAGCUUUUUGUGCCAUCGGAGUUUGCCUCACCCACGGAUAACGCUACCGAGGGCUUCUUCGCCGCCAAAGCCGCGUUGGUCAAGCAGAUACGUGAUGAUGUCGGUAUUCCCACGGCCGUAUUCUUCACCGGAGGCUUCUCAGACACCAUAUGGGGUCCAUUCUUCGAUCUGGACUUCAAGAGUGGUAGUGUCGGAGUAGGAGGAGAUGGAAAUGCGAAGGCCUCUUUCACUUCUCGCACAGACAUUGCCCGCUACGUCGCAUACGUGCUCACUGCACUCCCACCCUCGGAGAGCAAGAACAAGACAUUCCGUAUCGAGGGCGAGCGCGCGUCGCUCAACGAGAUCUUCGCCGCAUACGAGAAGAAGUACGGGGUGAAGCUUCAAGUCAAGUACACGUCCGUUGAGGAGCUUCAGAAGAGAGUGAAGGAGAACCCGCAGGACAUCGUGAGCUUCUGGCAGAGCGUGAUGGCAACAGGCGGAUCGGCAGUUGGGUCCCCUUUGGACAAUGGUUUGUUCCCGGACUGGAACCCCAAGCCUGUGAUUGACUUUUUGUAA